AUGGAACCAGAUCGCAUUGGGCCGGACACAACGCCCAAGGUCCCCUUCACGGACCGCUUGAAGCACCGUGGACAGAGAAUCGUCCGAGGGUGCACGACCAGAGAUGGCCUGAUUGGCGACUAUGACUAUGCCUUUCUCUUCAAGCCUCGCCUGCCGUUCAUGAAGAAGGCCAAACGGGCUGCACCCUUUUUCGGCCUCAACGACAGAAUGCCCAUUCUCCUGGCAAUGCUACUUGGAUUCCAGCAUGCUCUGGCUAUGCUUGCAGGUCUGAUAACCCCACCUAUCAUCCUCUCCGGGUCUGGCGGUGCCAACCUGACUCCUGACCAAUCUCGAUAUCUGGUCUCCGCGUCCCUCAUCUUUUGCGGCAUUGGAAGCGCCGUCCAGAUCACCAGAUUCCACAUCUACAAGACCCCUUACUACAUUGGAACAGGCCUCAUCAGCGUCGUGGGAACCUCCUUCGCCACCAUCCCCGUUGCCACUGGCGGUUUGGCACAGAUGUACGAGUCUGGCUACUGCCCGACAGAUGCUGACGGCAACCGUCUCCCCUGCCCAAGAGGGUACGGCGCCAUCCUGGGAACGGCCUGCGUCUGUGCUCUCCUCGAAAUCGGCCUGUCGUUCAUGCCAGCCAAGAUCUUGCAGCGCAUCUUCCCUCCUCUGGUCACUGGCCCUACUGUCAUGCUUAUCGGUAUCAAGCUGAUAGCUUCUGGCUUCCAGAACUGGGCUGGUGGAAGCGGCACGUGUGCCAGUCGGCCUGAGACGGGUCCUUUCCAACUCUGCCCCUCCAACACUGCGCCGAAUGCGGCUCCCUGGGGCAGUGCGCAGUUCAUUGGCCUCGGAUUCACCGUGUUCGUGUCCAUUAUUAUAGUCGAGCGCUGGGGCGCGCCGAUCAUGAAGUCCUGCGCCGUCGUUUUGGGUCUCCUGGUCGGCUGCAUCGUGGCUGCUGCCACCGGCUACUUCUCGGACUCAGGAAUCACCGCCGCCCCUGUGGCCAACUUUCUCUGGGUUGAGACGUUUCCCCUGUCCGUUUAUGGGCCAAUGAUUCUCCCGUUCCUCGCCGUCUUCCUUGUGUUGAUGAUGGAAGCGAUCGGCGACAUUACUGCCACUUGUGAUGUCUCUCGCCUCGAAGUCGAGGGCAAGACGUUCAACUCCCGCAUCCAAGGUGGCGUUCUCGCCGACGGUCUCAAUGGCAUGCUGGCCUGUCUGGCAACAAUCACCCCGGUUUCCACGUUUGCUCAAAACAACGGCGUCAUCAACUUGACACGAUGCGCUAACAGGAAGGCCGGAUACUGCUGCUGCUUCUUCCUGAUCGUGAUGGGCGUCUUCGCCAAAUUCGCCGCUGCGAUCGUAGCCAUCCCAUCAUCGGUCCUCGGCGGCAUGACCACAUUCCUCUUCGCCGCCGUCGCCGUCUCCGGUAUCCGCAUCAUCUCUACGAUCCCCUUCACCCGCCGCAACCGCUUCAUCCUCACCGCGUCUCUGGCCGUGGGCUACGGCGCCACCCUCGUCCCCAGCUGGUUCGACUACGUCUUCACCUACGACGGCCCCAACCGCGCCCUCAUCGGCUUCAUGAACGCCAUCAGCCUCGUCAUGGAGACCGGCUUCGCCAUCACCGCCUUUUUGGCCUUGUUCCUCAACCUCUUCCUCCCCGAGGAGAUCGAGGACGAGGUCAUCGACGUCGUGGGCAAGGAACAGAGCGACAACGCCGCCAUGCCAGGGCCUUCCGCUCCCAACAAGGGCAUCGAGAGCAGCCGCGCAAGUGACGCUGACUCGGUGGAUAAGAUCAAUGGACAUGGGCCCGGCGGCCAGGCCAAGGAGGUCAGCCCAUGA